GCCAGACACGCACAUGGUUCAUUUCCUUUCUCAGACAGGAAGAAGAUAGAGAGAGAAGGGAGACAAAAGCUUCAAUUCAUUUUUGUCAAUGCGAGGACUCGUGUUCGUUCCUCUCAACAGCGUUGAAACUCACCAGUCUAAGCUGUUGAACAAUUCAGGAAGAUGAACAAAGUCACAACUACAAGGGAUUGAAUGACAGUUCACAGUUGGUCUUAAAAGUUCCUAAUCUAUUCUGAAAAUUAAAAAAAAAAAUAAAAAUGAAUUGUUUCUAUUACUUCAAGGAUAGGACUAAAAGUAGGGCCCAAAGAUCAGCGCCGAUAUUAAAAGAAGAGAGCAAAUCCAAUUUAUCGGCAGCUCAGAGGGUGACUAAGUCCUCUUGUUCGGCAGCUUCACCACGUAGUAUCCCAGAAUUGUAUGAAGAGAAGGCUCAGAACUUGCGAGCCUUCUCAUUUUCGGAGCUCAGACAGGCAACUAAUGGUUUCAAUAGGAUGCUUAAGAUUGGGGAAGGUGGAUUUGGAAGUGUGUUUAAAGGCACAAUCAAGCCUGCUGAUGGAAAUGGUGAUUCCCCAAUUGUAGUUGCCAUUAAAAUGCUCAACAGAGAUGGCUUUCAGGGGCAUAAACAAUGGGUGGCAGAAGUACAAUUUCUCGGUAUUGUGGAGCACCCAAAUCUUGUCAAACUUAUUGGAUACUGUGCUGUAGAUGGAGAACGAGGGAUCCAACGGCUACUUGUAUAUGAGUUUAUGCCCAACAAAAGCUUGGAAGAUCAUCUUUUCAAUAGGGCUUUUUCGGCUCUACCUUGGAAAACGAGGUUACAGAUAGUACUUGGAGCUGCUCAAGGAUUGACUUAUUUGCAUGAAGAAUUGGAAGUCCAGGUCAUAUAUCGAGAUUUCAAAUCAUCAAACGUGCUAUUGGAUGAGGCUUUCAAUCCAAAGCUUUCAGACUUUGGGCUUGCCCGGGAGGGGCCAACAGCUGGGCAUACUCAUGUUUCAACAGCGGUUGUCGGGACAUAUGGGUAUGCUGCACCGGACUACGUACAAACAGGACAUCUGACCACUAAAAGCGAUGUGUGGAGUUUUGGUGUGGUAUUGUAUGAGAUCCUCACGGGCAGGCGGUCCUUUGAAAGAAACCUACCCAAAAUGGAGCAGAGACUUCUGGAUUGGGUGAAACAGUUCCCUGCUGAUAGUAAAAAAUUUAGUAUGAUAAUGGACCCCAGACUCGAAAGACAGUAUUCUCUCAAUGCAGCCCGGAAAAUCGCCAAGUUAGCAGACCAAUGUCUGUUGAAGAAUGCAAAAGAGCGACCAUUGAUGAGUUGGGUGGUGGAGAGUUUGAAGCAGAUAAUCCAAGUUUCAGAUGAAAACCCGUCUGAUAAAAGUUUUGAGUGCAAUGAAGAUGAUUCGGUUGAGUUGGAUGAGAAGACAAAUCGGAUGGGACCGUCUGAAUCUGCGAUAAGGCGGAUGGCACACUUGGCUAAAUUGAACGAGCAUGUUGGAGGAGUCAGCAGACGCAAGUUUAUGUUCAUGCAGAGGGCUAAAGUGCCUUAGAAAAUGUUCUUUUUUUUGUUUGCUGUGAAAUUGGAUUUUGGUUUGCUGAUUAGGCAAUGGUUUUGUUUCUGGAGUUAUUGAUGUUAGAAUAUGAGCAGAAAAGGUUGAUGUGAAGUAUUAAGCCGGUUAAGGGUUCUCUCUCUCUCUCUCUCUCUCUCUCUCUCCUUUGAGAAAUAAAUGGUCAGAACUUCAGCCUUAAUACUCAUGUAAAUAUUAUGUGAUUAGAUAUAAUAUAGUUUUUUCUGUUUCUUU